AGAACCAUAGGUCUCGAGAUUCUCUACAAUCACCAAACAUGCGGUUGAAGGACCAAUAUAUGACCAUUUCAGCUCUAUCUAACGAGCUCUUAUUAUGCAUCUUUGGCAAUUUACUGCCUGCAGCAUUGGUUCAAUGUACACUUUGCUGCAAACGAUGGUCACGCCUGGCUUCCUCUAUAUUAUACAAGCACAUCGCGUUGACCCCAAAGAUCUUCUCUAAAUGGACCAAACCCCCUUCCGACUUGAAUGAUGCGGUUAUCAGUACAUUUACUCUCCAUAUAAACCUAGUAGGCGGGCCAGACGAUGAAAGGCUUGCAUUUCUCCAACUACAUGACGACCUUCUGAAGCUUCCCUCGCGACUCGCGAAAAUGGCCAAUUUGAAAUCUUUUUCGCUCACUACGUCGUAUGGUGCGUUCGCCAACUUAUGUGCACCGAGGAGACUGGUUGCUCCCAUUAUUGAUCACCUGCCUCCUACUUGCAUAUGCCUGGAAAUUGACAUUAUGAGUACGAGCUACGAGAAUUUUCCCGACGAUAGUCAGGUACAUCUAUGUCCUUCUAUUCGUCGAGUGCUACCUCAAUUACAAUUCCUACGACUAAACUUCCCAGAACUGUGCCCUGAAGCCUUUGGAUAUGGCUUUACGACACAGCCGUCAACAGACAAGGAAAGCUUUCGGCCUAUCCAAAUAUUAAGGCUGGAGCAGUGUUUGAUCAAAGUAGCGUCUACCAAUCCCGUUAUUUCUAGAGUUUCCCGCUCUAUAGUAUGCGAUUGUUCCGAUGUUCACGCCAUGAGCAUUUUAACGGAUUACUUGACCAUAUUAAAGUCAUCGGGAAACGCGCCUAGGCUCCAGAAGUUAUGGGUUAUUGAUGCCCUACCUUUGAACGGUUGGCACAAAGCAUGGGGGGCAUGGGUACGUCGUGAUAUCUUGGAGGGGAAUAGCGAAAGCCUGCCUUCCAAAAACUUGAUUAGUAGACAAGGCAGAAAAUUCCAUAGGGAAGCAUUUUUAAUUCGCAUGCCUAGGGAGGAAGGUGGUCAAGAUCUUAUAUCAACAAGAGAGGGCGUGCAACUUCUUACGGAAAGGUACGCCUGGGUCCAAGCCAGCAAUGGAACUCGGAUACCUGGUCCAUACGCCUCCAAAAGAAUCUAUUUCAAACCUGUUACACCCGUGAUGCGAACGAAAGUGGAAUGGCUUGCAUUGACAGAUGUCUCGUGCAACAUGUGGUUGUAUGAGGAGACUGCUGGUGUCCGGAUGCUAGAUGUAGCAGAGGGAGGAUUGACCGAAGAUUGUGUUCCAAAAUUUCAGCCUCCCGAAGGCUGGACUAUACACGACGAUGGCCGGAUUUUUGGACCUUGAAAGAUUAAUGUCUUAUUCGAGAAUCUUGUUGAACCUCUAAAUAG